GGUAGGAACCUCAUUAUCUGCCAGAUUGGUGACCUACUCCUGUUUCUCACUGUAUCUCUUGGAUCAUCUAAAGAUCAGAGUGUGAAGAUACAUUUCUGUGACAGAACUGUUGUUGAGACUGAGGCUUUGGUAGGCAGUCUUAGUUGAGCCUUCUCUCUAAUUUGUACCAUGACUGGGGCAGAGGUUGACACUGGUGCUCAGGCAAAGGCUGAAAAGAAACCUGGGGAAGAGGUUGUGGGAGGGGCUGAGCCAGAACGGGAAGUUCCUCUGGUUGUCAGACCCAAAGUUAGGCCCCAGGUCCCAGUAACACCUGGGGCAAGACCCAAAACUGAAACUAAAUCUUUGUCUCGGGCAAGGCCCAAAUCUGAAACCCAGUCAAUGGCUGGAACAAGACCUAAAACUGAUAUUCAGGCAAUGACUGGAGCAAGGCCCAAAACUGAGGCCCCGGUAAUGACUGGGGCCAGGCCUAAAACUGAUGCCAGGGCAGUAGGUGGUGCUCGUCCUAAAACUGAGGCCAAGCCAAUCCCUGGGACAAGGCCUAAGGAUGAUGCCCAGGUGUGGGCCCAGAGUGAAUUUGGUCCUGAGGCCAUGUCACAGGCUGAGGGAGCACUGCCUAGCAAUGCUGUCACAUGGCCACUGGUCAGUGCUAGGUCUGCAUCAGUUCCGAAAUCUAAGAGUCUGUCUAUGGAUAGAGAACUAGUCAGUAUGGACAGUGAAACCUUUCCUGGCACUCAGGGUCACCAUGGACUCCAACCCUGGUUUGGACUGGGGGAGGAGAGUAACAUGGGUUCUUGGUGCUAUCCCAGGCCCAGAGCCAGGGAGGAAACCUCUAAUGAGUCUGGAUUCUGGUCAGCAGAUGAAACCUCUACAAUGUCUUCUUUCUGGACUGGAGAGGAGACAAAUAUCAGGUCAUGGCCCAGGGAAGAGGCAAAUGCCAGGUCCAGGCACAGGGCUAAACAUCAGACUAAUGCCAGGUACAGGCCCAGAUCUAAACAAGAGCCUUAUAUUGAUACUUGGUCUGGGUCUGAGGAUGAGGCAGGCAGCCCAUUCUGCUUUUGGUCUGGAGAAAAUACCAAUAAUUUGUUUAGGCCCAGAGGCAGGGAAGAGGCAGAUAUCAGACCUAAACCCAGGGCAAAGAGAGAGGACUAUUUUGAAUCUGAGUCCGAAGAUGAAUUCUAUAAAGAGUCUUGGUUUUUGCCUGGAGAAGAGGCUAAUAGAUUCAGGCGCAGAGACAAGGAAGAGCCAAAUAACAUCUUGAACCCCAGGAACCAGAAAGAUGUUAAGAACAGUGACAGGGCCAAACAGGACCCCAGGUUUGAGGAGGAAGUCAUUAUUGGGUCCUGGUUCUGGGCAGAAAAAGAGUCUAGUCUAGAGGCUGGAGCUGGAGCUUCGGCAAUCUGUGAAUCUGAGCCGGGGGCAGAAGGGGGAGCCAUUGGUGGAUCCUUGUUCUGGGCUGAGGAAAAGCCCAGUUUGGGGGCUAUGGCCAGAGAAGAGACCAGGCCUGAGUCUGAAGAAGAGGCCAUAUUUGGGUCUUGGUUCUGGGAUAGAGAUGAGGCAUGCUAUGACCUAAAUCCCAUUCCUGUGUACAAGGCUAAUUGCCGGUUCAGAGAUCCAGCUGAGGAGGAACUUAAUGCAUCAUCCAGGCCUCAAACUUGGGAAGAGGUUACUGUUGAAUUCAGACCUGGUCCUUAUGGGGUUGGCUUUCCAUCUGCAAGUUCCUUUAGAAUUCCCGAAGGGUCUUCUGAAAAUACUGAGGCACAGGCCAAGAAUGGGGAAGGUAGCCCAGAGGAGGUGGAACAGGUAUCUUUGCUUCAGCCUAAUCAGCCUGAACCUGAGUUCUCAUUUCAGUAUGAUCCCUCCUACCGUUCAGUUCAGGAAAUUAGAGAACAUCUUAAGGCCAGGGAAAGUGCAGAGCCUGAGAAUUGGUCUUGCAACUGCAUACAGUGUGAGCUUAAAAUUGGUUCUGUGGAGUUUGAAGAACUCCUUCUGCUAAUGGAUAAAAUCCGUGAUCCUUUUAUCCAUGAGAUAUCUAAAAUUGCAAUGGGCAUGAGAACUGCUUCUCAGUUCACCCGAGAUUUUAUUCGAGAUUCUGGUGUUGUCUCGCUCAUUGAAACCUUGCUGAAUUAUCCGUCCUCCCGAGUUAGGACAAGUUUUUUGGAAAACAUGAUUCAUAUGGCUCCACCUUAUCCAAAUCUAAACAUGAUUGAGACAUUCAUAUGUCAGGUGUGUGAAGAAACUCUUGCCCAUGGUGUGGAUUCCCUUGAGCAGCUAACUGGAAUAAGGAUGCUUAGGCACCUCACUAUGACUACUGACUAUCACACACUGAUUGCCAAUUAUGUGUCCGGGUUUCUCUCCUUAUUAACCACGGGCAAUGCAAGAACAAAGUUUCAUGUUCUGAAAAUGCUGUUGAAUUUGUCUGACAAUCCUAUGGUGGCAAAAAAACUAUUCAGUGCCAAAGCUCUGGCCAUAUUUGUGGGUCUCUUUAACGUAGAAGAGACAAAUGAUAACAUUCAGAUUGUUAUUAAGAUGUUUCAGAAUAUCAGUAAUAUUGUAAAAAGUGGAGCAAUGGCUUUAAUUGAUGAUGAUUUCAGUCUUGAGCCACUUAUUUCUGCAUUCCAUGAAUUUGAAGAGUUAGCUAAGCAACUGCAGAUCCAAAUUGACAAUCAGAACGAUCCCGAGGUGGAACAACAAAGUUAAUGUGAUUACCCAUCCACCUGCCGCUUGAUCAGCCUUAUGUUCCCAAAGAUCCCUGACUUGUGCUUUGGUGUUCACAGUCUGGUUCUGUGUUGUAACUUAUAUUUUUAAUGCUGAUGUUAACUUGUCAAACUCUUGUUCUGAGCUGGAUCAUUUGUGGAUGCCAAAUGAAUAUUAGAAGUGAAAA